AUGGUUUCCCUCCGCUCCCUCGUCACGGUAGCUGCGUUUAUCGCCGCGCCCGUCAUGGCGGCUCUGACACCGCAGCAGAUCGCGGACGGCAUCAGAAAGCUGACAGGGGAAUCCCAGGCGCUUCAGGCCACGGCUCAGAGCAUUACCAUCGUCAAUGCCCCCUUGAUUGUCAUCGGACAAGGCCCUUUCCCGACACUCAUCGCUGGCUUCAACGACCUUGUCUCGACCGCCACGGUCGUACUUGAGCAGUUUCCGGGAACAAAGCAGAUCACCGGCGAGGCUGAGGCUACGCUCGUUUUCGACGCUUUCCGCGGUUUUGUUCGCGUUACACAGGAACUGGGCAACAUCUUGAUCGGAAAGGCCGGCAUCCUCGAAAAGGUCCCCUUUGUUGGCCAACCGGUUGCCGCCUCACUUCGCGCAGUUGAGAGUACUACCGACACGCUUGCCAUUUCUCUGAUCAACACGGUCGAGCCUAGGGUUCGCGACCUCGAGAGCGAGGCUAAUGCCCUGGGCGACACCCUCGAGCUCUGCAUCCAAAAGUACGAGGGCAUCGCUGUCUGAGGAACCGACGCGGCGGACGCCACGUUUACCGCAGCUAAGCGCAAUGCCCGCAUAUUUUAUUCCAUGGGCGCUUUGAGGAUUAUGAAGCCCCCCGCCGAACGGGUAUUUAUGGAAGUUAUAGAUGGUGGACGGGCAGUGGGGGAGACAGGUGUGGGCGGUUCUUGAAAAAGGGAUGGGAGGGAGGAUAGACGUAGUGAGGCGGUAGUAAUGUGAACCAUGGCUCAACGGCG